GGGGGCGGUUCCGCCUGGCCCCGUUAAAGCGGCGGCGGCCAGCGGGGCCGGAGGCGGUGGCGAUGGGCAGCGAGGGCCAGCGGGGCCCGGCGGCGGCCCGGGGCCCCGGGCACGGCGACCCCCGGGCCCUGCGGAGGGACUGCCAGCACCGGAUCUUCGUCAACCGGAGCCUGGCGCUGGAGAAGAUCAAGUGCUUUGGCUUUGACAUGGACUACACCUUGGCCAUGUACAAGUCCCCUGACUACGAGGAGCUGGCCUUCGCUCUGCUGCUGGAGCACCUUGUUGCCAUCGGGUACCCUCCUGAGAUCCUUGCCUACAAAUACGACCCCACCUUUCCCACCCGGGGGCUGGUGUUUGAUGCCCAGUACGGGAACCUGCUGAAGGUGGAUUCCCACGGGAACCUGCUGGUCUGUGCCCAUGGCUUCCGCUUCCUCAAGGGAGCCGAAAUCCUCCACUAUUACCCCAACAAGUUCAUCCAGCGGGAUGACAUGAAACGCUUCCACAUCCUCAACACCCUCUUCAACCUCACAGAGGCCCACCUCUACGCCUGCCUCGUGGACUUCUUCACCAACUGCUCCAGAUAUGUCAACUGUGACACCGGCUACAAGCACGGGAACCUCUUCAUGUCCUUCCGCAGCAUGUUCCAGGACGUGCGCGAGGCCAUGGACCACGUCCACCUCUCUGGCUGCCUCAAGGAGAAGACGCUAGAGAACCUGGAGAAAUACGUGGUGAAGGAUCCCCGUGUGCCGCUGCUGCUGAGCCGCAUGAAGGAGGUGGGGAAGGUGUUCCUGGCCACCAACAGUGACUACACCUACACUGACGCCAUCAUGUCCUACCUGUUUGACUUCAGCAAUGACGACAAGCCUUCCCCAGCACAAGGCCUGGGAAAGGCCGACGUCCCACAGCGCCCCUGGAGAUCCUAUUUCGACCUGAUUGUGGUGGACACCCGCAAGCCCCUCUUCUUUGCUGAGGGCACCGUCCUGCGCCAAGUGGACACGGACACGGGGAAGCUGCGCAUCGGGACGUACACGGGCCCCCUGCAGCACUGUGCUGUGUACUCUGGUGGCUCCUCAGAUGUGGUGUGCGACCUGCUGGGUGUGAAGGGCAAAGACAUCCUCUAUAUGGGGGACCACAUCUUUGGGGACAUCCUCAAGUCCAAGAAGCGGCAGGGCUGGCGCACCUUCCUGGUGGUGCCCGAGCUGGCCCGUGAGCUGCAGGUCUGGACGGAGAAGAGCGAGCUGUUUGAGGAGCUGCGGAGCCUGGAUCUCUUCCUGGCCGAGCUGUACCAGCACCUGGACAGCGGCAGCAGCGAGCGCCCAGACAUCAGCUCCAUCAAGCGUCGGAUCCAGAAAGUCACGCACGAGAUGGACAUGUGCUAUGGGAAGAUGGGCAGCCUGUUCCGCUGUGGCUCACGUCAGACGCUCUUUGCCAACCAGCUGAUGCGUUAUGCAGACCUCUACGCCGCCUCCUUCAUCAACUUCCUCUAUUACCCCUUCAGCUACCUCUUCCGGGCACCCCCUGUCCUGAUGGCCCACGAGUCAACGGUGGAGCACUCUCGCCGGGACUCAGGGGACGUGGCCACUGCCCUUCCUCCCUGGCUGGCCCAGCGUGGUGACCCCCACCAGGUCCCCCAGGACUCAAGUGGGGAGGAGGAAGAUGAUGGAGAAGCCUGAGCACACCCCAAGUGCUGCCAUGCUGCCCACGGGAGGAUUCAGUGGCCCUGGACCACUUGCACUCAUGGCCAGCUACCACCUGUGGUGGCCACAG